AUGACCACGACGGAAAACACGUGUUCAAAUGGCGACGCAAAUCUUGGCAUACACUAUGCCGCUCCGCGGCCAGGCAUGAGAUCAUCCAAAUUCACUUCUAACAUCCAUUCCCUUCCUCUUCCCUUACACACCACCAUCAUCCUCCUGCUCCUGGUUCCCCUCUCUAAAGGAUUUAUUGCCAGAUUUGAAAUCAACGAGGGUGUCCCUGUGGAAAGUCAUGUGGGCUCAUUGGCGUCGCAUAGUCACUCUCCAAGUGGUAGUUUAAUAUACAAUAAGGUGCCCAAUCUGAAAGACGCCUCGAGGUACUUCAAUGUGGACAAGUUUUCUGGCCGGAUCAGUGUGGCCCUCGAUUUGGAUAGGGAGGUGAUUUGUCCCCUUCCCACUCACAAACCUGAUGACGAAUGCAUCCUUCGGUUCAGCGUGACCUGUCUUCGGAUCGUCGGCAGGAGUGUCGAAGCCAUAGCUGAUGUGGUGGUCACUCUACGUGAUGUCAAUGACAACGGAUGCUACUUUGUACCCUCUACAGAGCAGACCAUUCUAAUUCGGGAAAAUGCUGAUGUAGACAAAACCCGAGUUCAGUUAAACUCACCACUAGACCCUGAUAGUGCGGGGCUUGGUCACUCCAUUCAGUGGAACCAGGUGAGGUUGGAAGACCCCUCAGCAACUUUUCAUCUUCAUGUGGUCUACUCAAGAACAGGAGGUAAUUUGCGCAGUUCCCAUCCUGUGGGCUAUCGACAACAGGAUGCACAGUUAUUCCUUGGUCUUCUUCGACCUCUUGAUUAUGAGAGCAGUAAACAGCAUUAUCUAACCAUUGUGGCUGGCGACGGCCUUCAUGAAUGCAAGCUUACAGUCCGUAUUGAAGUUGAAGAUGCAGAUGACAAUCUGCCGAUUUUCGAAAAGGCAGUCUACAACGUAAGUGUCGCAGAAAAUCUGCCCUUUAACGAGAAAAUUGUCACCGUCAAAGCUCACGAUGCAGAUGCUGGUGAAUUUGGAAGGGUGUUUUAUUCUAUUGAUCCCUACCUCACGGACCCCUCUAACCUGGAGAUGUUUCAUGUAGAUCAAGAAAGUGGGGCCAUCUUUCGAAAAAGCAAACCCCGUUAUCAAGACUCAUUGCACUACCAGUUGACCAUAAAAGCCAGUAACAACGCUCAGUCAUCUGCCAUUCCACCUGCGACCUACAUCGGUGGUCAGUCCAGCUUUCUGACCAAGGUUUUUAUCACUCUGGAAGAUGUCAAUGACCACGAGCCUAUCAUUACCAUAUUUUCUCCCACUGGUUCAAAAAAAUUAACCCUCACUGAGAAUUUGCCCGGUGGUCGGGAUGUUGCAAUCCUAAGUGUGGAGGAUAAAGAUACAGGAGUGAAUGCAGUCGUUGAAUGUCAUUUGAAAUCACAGUCUAUUCGAGGGGCUCUUUUACUGCGUCCAAUGACAUCGGAAACGGAAUCUUUCGAUCAUUCUGCUAAGGUUGCCACAAGUCGAAAGUAUAAAUUACUGACAACUCGCUCGUUCGACCGUGAGCAGCAUCCAGAGAUACACUUCACAAUUGAGUGCUGGGAUGGUGGCAAACCGGUUAUGCGAUCGAUUCAAAAAGAGACGAUCCACAUUAUUGACGUAAACGAUUGUGCACCCAUUUUUGGAAACAAGACCCAUCAUUUCCGAGUGUACGAAGACCCAAGCCCUGGCACUGCUGGAGUAAUUAGGAACAGCAUUCAGCCAGAACAGAUUGGACAAAUUAGGGCUCGUGAUGACGAUACCGAACAGAAUGCAAAAUUGCAGUACCAAUUCUCCUCCGAGUGCCCACAAAGUUUCCUGGACCUGGUAAAAUUAGACAAAGAUACUGGAACAUUGCACUCAACAGGAGGAUUGGACCGAGAAAAAUUAGCUUUUAUAAGCUGUAAAGUUAUUGCCAGUGAUAUGGGAUCUCCACCACUCUCAAGUCAAACUGAAGUAGCGAUUGAAAUUCUUGACAUGAAUGACAAUGCGCCACAGUUUGAGCACCACGAAUACAAUUUUCAAGUGGAAGAGAACUUACAGUCUGGAACAUUAAUAGGCAUCAUUCGCGUUUUUGACGUUGAUCUUGGUAUCAAUUCCAAGUUGGAGUUCAGCUUGGAGGGUAUGCAAGCCACCCCAUGGUCGAAAGAAGAUAACAUGGAGAGUCUCUUUUCCAGUGUUAAUCCGAAGAGAGAAAAACUGAGUAGUCAACACCUGAGUCUCCUACGGUUCGAAGCUAUACCUGUAAGAACGCACUUGCCUGGUGGACACUAUGGACGCAAUUCAAGUCGCGGUGAAGAAGAUGGAGGUACCUACGAGGUUCGACUGUACACUGCGGCCCCAAUAGAUAGAGAAUCACUUGUCUCCCUGCCUGCAAUUGAUGGUAGUGUUUCUUCAAUGAAUGGCUCAGCCGAGACUGUAGUGCUCCGAUUUAUGCUUCGGGCUCAGGAUUCAGGUAAUCCACGUCUUGUCAGUCGAGUUCCCAUCAAUCUACGGAUCUCUGAUGUCAAUGACAAUGCACCGGUAUUCAUCUUGCCUCCAGCAGAUUCCGUAAACGCUACGGAAGUUCGGCUGUCUAUUCGCGAACCUAUUGGAUUCCAGUUUACUAAGAUCUUUGCCUCCGAUCCUGAUGCCGCAGAGAACGCUAGUCUCAUCUAUCGCAUUCGUGCCGGUGAUCCAUUCGAUCUGUUCAAACUGGACCCACGGAGCGGGGAGCUCUCAGUUGCAAAGGACUGUAGUAGCUCAGGCCAGUACAUGGGCCAGUACCUCCUCUUCUUGGAGGCUGCCGACCGUGGAUCACCACGACGUUUCAGUGAGGCACAACUCCUUAUCCAUAUGGACGACUCAGAGCCGUUAGGUCGAGUAGAACGUGACAUUUUUGGUUUUCCCAUUCGUUCAUCGGUUCGUGGUGGCAGUAGCGUUGGAGGAGCAGGCAGUCGCAGCAUGAACCUCUACAUCAUCACUGCUAUCAUUAUCGCCUCCUUUAUCAUCUCCAGUGUCCUCCUGGUGGCUAUUUGCUUGGUAGUACGAAGGGCAAGGACGACGGAGCAGAAUGGAAGAGGAGUAGGGCGGUACUGUGGUGGUGGGAGGGAUGGUGGAGGAGGCCUUCAUAACGGAUCCAUCUUCCGUGAUACAAACAUUGGAAAUGGCUACUUGAAGUCGGUGCCAUUGUCGCUACCUCAAACGAAGUAUACGACGUGUGAUCCUCUGGAUGAAGAUCUUUCGGAAGCCAACUUCUCCUAUCUGACUCCGCAACCGAGCAACGGCGGCUAUGUUUACGAGGGGACAAUGGGCUUUCAACCUGCACCCUUUUGCUCGCCUGGGGCCACCACCACCGCCACCAUCCUUGCUGAGGUGUCGCCUGCAGCUGCUACUGCCACAGCAUCACCGCAUGCACAAUUGCUGGCCGCUACCGCCACAACCGGUCCCGAUGGCAUAAUCCGUCUCUCCUGCCUGCCCCCCAAACAGGCCCACACCCUUGGCAGAUGCACCUUUCUCGGCCAAAAGAAACUGACUGAGGAUCGAGUGAAAGGCAAGAGAAACAGUCUAACAGAUCGAGACUCAGGCAAUGGGGACAGCCUGGACGUCGGCUCCUGCCUGCUCAAUUUCCCUUCCAGCCUGGAGGCGCCAAGAAGCACCACGCCCUGCUUCCAGCAUCUUCAAAAUCAACACCUCCACCAGUACCAGUUCCAGCCGCUCCCACCUACGUUGGCAUUUGCCGCCUCCACUGAGUUGCAGAAGCAUCAGCACCAACAGUACAUAACCGCCUCUUCACCCAAGGAGGUGGUAGAGGCGGUGGAUGCCAGUGGCAAUCUAUUAACCUCUACCUUCGUUUGA